CAAUAACAACACACCGAAAAGAGCGCAGCUAAACCAAAUUCCAAUCUGCUCAUGCACUAGCUACAAGGCUUUCCCCAGGACCGUUUUCACAAUGAUGUCCAUGAACAGCAAGCAGCCGUUCAGCAUGCAUCCGAUCUUACAUGAACCUAAAUAUGCUUCCAUACAUACUAGCACGGAAGCCAUCCGCAGAGCUUGCCUUCAAACACCACAGCUUCAAGGCAAUCUCUUUUCUGGUUUUGAUGAAACUUUACUUAGAGGAGCUGAAGCUUUGGCAGCCGUGGAUAUUGUCUCACAGAAAACACAUCCGUUUAAACCAGAUGCCACGUACCACACCAUGAGCAGUGUGUCCUGCACUCCAACCUCUUCCUCAAUGCAUUUGCAUCACCCUUCCGUCUUAACAACCCACCAUUCACAUCAUCAUCAUCAUCAUCCUCAUCAUCACCACCAGCCCUCACAGGGUUUAGAUGGGGACCUUCUAGAUCACCUAAAUCCUGCCCUUGCUUUAGGAGGUGUCCCGGGACCAGAUAUUGGAACGACACCCUCCCAUCAACACACCCAUAUGUCUGCCAUUAACCACAUGGCCCACCACACGCAAUCUAUGAACAUAUCUCAUAACCAUACACUGGUAACUCACACAGCAAUAUCCUGCUCUGAGAGUGAAACAGACCCAAGAGAACUUGAAUCUUUUGCUGAAAGAUUCAAACAAAGGAGAAUAAAACUUGGUGUGACACAGGCUGACGUUGGAUCUGCCUUGGCCAACCUGAAGAUCCCAGGUGUUGGUUGUCUCAGCCAAAGCACCAUUUGCAGGUUUGAGUCCCUUACAUUAUCGCAUAACAAUAUGGUGGCCUUAAAGCCCAUUUUGGAAGCUUGGCUAGAGGAGGCCGAAAGAGCACAGAGGGAGAAAAUGACGAAACCUGAAAUCUUUACUGGGGGAGACAAAAAACGCAAACGUACUUCCAUUGCUGCCCCAGAAAAACGAUCAUUAGAAGCUUAUUUUGCUGUCCAGCCAAGACCUUCUUCAGAGAAGAUAGCAGCAAUAGCUGAAAAACUAGACUUAAAAAAGAAUGUAGUUCGCGUCUGGUUUUGUAACCAAAGGCAAAAACAGAAAAGAAUGAAAUUUUCUGCAACAUACUGAAAAAUCAAAGCACUAUUUUGAACUGACACAUUAACUGGUUCCAGUCAAAGGAAAUGUAUAUACACUCCAACCUGCAAUUGUCUUCAUACCUGGGCAAACAAAUGAAUUUAAAAGAAUUUGGACAUACAGUAAAAAUAACCACCUGUAAAGUUGUAAUGGUGAGUGGAAAACUUGGGAUUGUAUCUUUGGUUUGACAUCUUUGAAAAACAUUUAAUGCGACUUUGUCAAACUGCAAAAAAAUAAUAAUGUAAAUCAAAACACAAAAAUCUUAAAGGAAUGACAAACAACGCUUUCAAAACUUGAAUUAUCAAUCUGCUUCUCUCAGUUUGAACUACUCUUUUAUAUUUAUUAUUGUAAAUAUUAAUCUGUGAUGAAAUUGCACCAAUGGUAAAGUUUUAAGUUAUUCAUAAUUUAAUUUGCUGUAUAGCACAUACACACCUUGAAUAUAAUAUAAUUUAAUUUAAUAAACUUGACACCCAUUGAUGAAAAAGGCAGUCUAAUCCAUUGCAUGGUUUGCUUUACCUUCCUCUCCAAAAUAAAAUCCCAUUGCAUUUGCAAUAACUCUUCUUUUCUACCUCAUCAUCUGCUAGAAAGCACAUGUUCAGAUCCAUAAACUCUGUAGGAAGCAACUGAGUUCAAAUAGUCAUGACCCUGCUAUCUAACUACAAAGAUGCUUUGACAAUCAAAUGAGUUUGUUCACAUUUACCCUUAGGUUUUUUUCCCCCAUUGAAAUGGAUAUGACAGUGUAUGUGAAAGUACACAUCUUCUCCAGCAUUUUAGCACAAUCUCAACAGUUUUGAGCGUUAUUUUAAUUUAAUGCAAAUGACUGAUUACACGGGCGAGAGUUUUAUUUUUAAAGUUUCAAAUUUUAACUUAUAUGUAUUCAAUUUCUCAUCGGAUUGGUAAAGUAAAUUAUUUUAAAAAUGUCUAAUGUUGCACUUUUUUGGCAAGGCACACAUUGCUUGGCGUAUCAGAAAUUUUCCACUUGUUUCAUUUUUUUAAAUGGAGUAUUUAAUUUUCUAUGUGUGUACCAAAUGAAUUUUU